UGGCCGCACGGCGCAGACGCCGACCGGCCUCACGGGCGGCGGGUUACCUCUCCACGGUCCUCUGGUCCCUGUAAGUCUCUGUUGGUCCGGUACUUUGGUCCUAGCUGGUCCGCCUCAGUCCAAGCUGGCCUUUAGUCAUACCCGUCUUUGACACAGUAUCAUUUCCUUCCUCUCAGUACAUUUCAGUUUAUCCCCGGGCUUGUCAGUUAGUCAGCUAGUCCCUAGUUUUCCGGACAGUGAGUCGGCGGAAGACCGUCAUGUUACGUCUGCUGCUCUUCGUGGGUGCGGCGUUGGCAGCCCCGAGGGAACAAAUCUGCGGUUAUGACAAAUGUCCGGUGGGCCAGCCGGACAUGCUGAACGUCCACCUUGUACCACACACGCACGAUGAUGUGGGCUGGCUGAAAACGGUCGACCAGUACUUCUAUGGAGCCAAGUCUGAGAUUCAGAGGGCUGGAGUGCAGUACAUCCUGGACUCUGUCAUCUCUGAGCUGGUCAAAGACCCCGAAAAACGCUUCAUCUACGUGGAGACGGCCUUCCUGUGGCGCUGGUACCUGCAACAGGACGAGGAGACUAUCGCGACGGUGGAGAACCUGGUGAACGAGGGACGCCUGGAGUUUAUCGGAGGCGGCUGGAGUAUGAACGACGAGGCCUGCGUGCACUACAACGCCGUCAUCGACCAGAUGUCACUGGGAAUGAGGACGCUGUAUGACCAUUUCGGUCCGUGCGGUAUUCCUCGAGUCGCUUGGCAGAUCGAUCCCUUCGGACACACCAAAGAACAGGCGAAUCUGUUCGCCCAGAUGGGCUUCGACGGCUACUUUUUCGGCCGUCUGGACUACGACGACAAGAAGCGUCGUGUGAACGCCAGCGAAAUGGAAAUGGUCUGGCUGGCCAGCCAGGAUCUCGGUUCGGAGCUGUUCACUGGCGUACUACCUAACAUGUACCAGCCACCAGCCGGGUUCUGCUUCGAUAUACUCUGUGAUGACGAGCCCAUCAUGGAUGACCGCCGCCUGCAUGACUAUAAUGUGGACCGAAAGGUAGCGCGGUGGUGGACGCAUGGCUGAUAGGUUACACCUUAC